UAUAUAUGAAAAGUUCCGCAGACGCCGUUUCCAGUUUCAACUUCCAUUAACGAACGAAUUUGCAAUCUCUCGAAACUCUGUAUAUUGUUUGCCUCAAAAUCCCAAACCCUGUUUGCGAAUUGGGGGAGAGAAAUGGACGGUGGCGAUGCUCCGGGACAGGGGACAGUGACUUGUGCUACAUGGAUACGGCGCCCGGAGAACGAGCAUUUGGUGGUGGUCGGAAAAUCGAGGCCGUCUUCUCUCGAGAUCUUCUCCUACGAUCCUAUCACCACUUGUCUCUCUGCCUCUCCCAAGGCGAAGUAUGAUUUUGAAGAAGGGGUUAAUCCGGUAAUCAUUGCGGUGCAUCCAAGUGGAGACGAAUUUGUUUGUUCCACAAGUACUGGUGAUUGCAAAUUGUUCGAGUUGUAUGGUCGGGAAGACAGAAUAAAACUUGUUGCAAAAGAACAACUUCUACUUCAGGGAAUUGGCCUGCAAAAAUGUUUAGCUUUUAGUGUUGAUGGAACGAGAUUUGCUACUGGUGGAGUUGAUGGAUUUCUUAGAAUAUUUGAGUGGCCAAACAUGCGUAUCAUUUUAGAGGAACCAAGAGUUCACAAGUCGUUUCGAGACAUGGAUUUCAGCUUAGACUCGGAAUUUUUAGCUUCAACGUCGACUGAUGGCUCAGCAAGAGUAUGGAAUACAAAUGAUGGUUCUCCAGUUGCAACCUUGACACGGAACUCCGAUGAGAAGAUUGAACUUUGCCGAUUUUCUAAAGAUGGGACAAAACCAUUUUUGUUUUGCUCAGUUCAAAGAGGAAAUAAACCACUUACAGUCGUCUGGGAUAUAAGCACAUGGAAAAAAAUUGGGCACAAGAGGUUACUUAGAAAGCCAGCUUCAAUGAUGUCUAUUAGUUUGGAUGGAAAAUAUCUUGCUUUGGGGAGCAAGGAUGGAGAUAUAUGUGUUGUAGAAGUGAAAAAGAUGGAGGUCCGCCACUGGAGUAAGAGGCUACACUUGGGUUCUGAUAUUACAUCCUUGGAAUUUUGUCCUAGUGAUAGGGUAGUACUUACUACUUCUAAGGAAUGGGGACAUUUGAUCUACUCUCUUUUGCUUACGCUUGCAGAAUGGCAAAUCUAUUUGCUACUCUUGGGGCUGUUUUUGGCAUCAAUCGUUGCGUUUUACAUAUUCUUUGAGAAUUCCGAUUCAUUCUGGAACUUUCCAGUUGCAAAAGAUCCAUCCUUAACACCUGACAUUGAAACUAUUCUGGGGGAUUUAAAAUCUGACCAAAAUGUGUGGGAGCCUGUGGACCUCUAAUUUUCUGGUCAAUCCAACUUCAUUCUCUACAAGUGCAGGAAGGAACAAGAAGAGAGUGAUUCCGAUGCACUGAACCUUAUUUUAGCUCUGUUCUCUGGCAGAAAAUAAGGUUUAUGUAUUUUCCAAGUGAAAUUUUUGUACUGAUACUAGAAUUUCUUCUUCCCCUCAUAUUUAUUUAGUGGUCAGAUUUGUUGUUCAACUUUCUUUGUUCUUUGUAUUGUCUUGCUGUCAUGAAGGAUUCUGACAAGCAACCAUGAAAUUAGAUUGUGUUGAACUUAUGCAAAGUUGUAGUGAAUUUGGAGGCGCCAAA